AUGGCCAAGAGGGCCGCCCCGACACGUAAGCCGCGCGUCUCCGGAUCUGCUCACUCAAAACCCCGACAGAGACUGUCCAGUUCAGUAUCCAGAGGAUUAGCAGAUCGCCAGAUGGCGGACACCCAGACUCCAGAACAACGCGUCCGAAAGAGACGGCGGCGGACGAUCGCAUGCGCGCAGUGCCGCAGUCGGAAACUGAAAUGUGACCGCGAGUACCCGACCUGCGGCCGGUGCAUUAAGAGCAAAACGCCCAGCAAGUGUUCGUACGAAGAUGGCUUCCUAUGGCAGCAGCCAAGCACGGUGGAUUCGUCUUACGGCGAGCGAGCUAGAGCUUCAGCCCCAGCAAGCACGCAGAGUCAGAUGUUGUUGGUCGAUCAGCCGGCUGCCCACCCGACCCCAGACUCGGGGAUAAGCUCGUCUCGGCCUCAACUAACAAAUUCGACGAAUACUUGCCCUAGAGAUGAAAAGCGAGGCGAAAAGCGAGUCGAAAAACGUGAUCGAUUUCUAGAAACCGUCUUGGGGGCGCCCAAGGCUGCGGUCAAUCAGGAUUUCAUGAACAGCGCUGAGCUCCUGCACCGGCAUCGACUCCAUCCAACGGAUCCUAAACGUGCAGACUCGGUGCAGGACGAUGAGCCGCCGGUGUCGUCGUCACAGCCGCUCGACCUUUCGCCUCGAAUCAUGUUGCGGGGCAAGGAUACAAAGACCCGUUACAACGGGUCCGGCAUCUUCGCCAACCUCAUCGCGCAGUUCCCGGAUCUCAGGUCGUUUGCAGAAGAGAUCCGGCUUGCCAGUCCGCACCUCUCUGCUCUUCGAUUCGAUCUGACCAGGGUAACGAGGGGGCUCUGGAAGAAGAAGAUCCUCAACGAGCCGGUCAAGAAUCUGGAUACGGCAUCUUUGAUCGCGUUGCUGCCGUCUCGAGACACCGUAGAUGAACUGGUCGUUUUAUACCUCACGCAUGUCGAGUCGCUGCAUCGUAUCCUCCACAUUCCCACGUUCCUAAGAGAUUUGGAAAGCUUUUGGGACCAGAAACACAACCCGGCCAUGGUGUCGGCGGCAUUUGUCGUGCAGCUGCUCCUCGUCCUUGCCUGUUCUUGGAACCUGGCAGAUUUCACCACUCUUGAGCUAAAAAACGGGUCUAGCCUCAAUUGCUAUACCGCCAUUGACUGGGUCAAGCAUGCAGAUAAGUGGAUCGAGACCGCCCAUAUCAAGCGAUCAGAUAUCAUCGUUCUCCGAAUGCAUAUUCUUCUGGUCACUGCUCAAAAGAGCCUCGGGAUGGGCCGCAGCAAAUCAUGGCUUUCUACUGCAACUCUGGUGAAGCAGGCCAUGCUGGCUGGUUACCAUCGUGAUACUAGUCUGUACACCAAGAUCUCCCCGUUUAACCAGGAAAUGCGCAGGCGCAUCUGGAUCACCAUCGUGGAGCUGGACCUACAGGUGUCUUUUGAACGUGGAAUGCCGCCGUCUGUACAGGAGUCCGAUUAUGACACGGCGCCGCCGUUGAACAUCAACGACAUCGACCUGCGUGAGGAUAUGGAAGAGCUGCCCGCAGAGCAGCCGCCAGAGGAAUUUACGGACUGUUCUUUUCAGACGGCGUUGACGAAGUCUCUUCCUUUGCGGCUAAAGGUUUGCCAUUUGAUGCACUCACCACGGAUCAAAUGCCGCUAUGAUGAAAUUCUUCGCUUAGACUGGGAACUGAACCGGCAUCUAUCGAAGAAGCCCACCUGGAAGAUUCCAGAGCUUGGCCACAUCCAGACGGCGGAUAAAUGGACCUUGGCAAAGGCCAUGCUAGAGAACAAGAUCGGUCUCAGUCUGCUUGCAAUCCACACCCCUUUUGCGAUUGAAGCGCCACGGGAACCGCUUUUUGCUCCUUCAGCCCGGGCACGACUGGAAUUAGUGACUAUGAUACUAUCAAUUCAGAAGCGACUACACGAAACAUCGCGGUCGCUAUCCCUCUGCAACCUUGGGGACUGGACGGUCCAAACUUACUGCUCGAUUUGCCAGUUACUGCACGAGGGAGCCGCUAAUCCAGGGCUCUCUCUAAUCCAUACCCUUCCAGGCCUCCCGGAAACCCUAGUCUCCCUGGUCGAGGUGGCUCUUGCUUGUAUGGAGAGCCGGCUUCUUCUGGUGAUUAAGGGGGCCAAGGAAUACUUCUUCAUGUCGACUAUUCUGGCUCUGGUCAAGACCAAACUAUGGCCGGUCCAGGCAACCGUCUACAAACAGGAGGUCGUAGAGAGAGUCAUUCUAUUCGCGCAGACUCUCUUUACACGGCACGCCAAUUGCGCCCAUCUGGGAGAAUUGGGAAUGGGGAGUUUCAAAACCAAUCAGGUCCCAAGCCUGAACAGCAUUCAAGAUGUACCGCAGCAAUUUGCUUCUGAGAUCAGUGUGCCAAUGACGGGGGAUUUUGGCCUAUUACGCUAG